AAUAGAUGAAAGGAUCUCUGUCAUUUCAGAUAUUCCGGAUUCGACUCUAAGACUUGCCCAACGUGCUAGUACUUGCUUCGUGUUAUACGUCUAUGUUUACACCGAAAAGACGGCGGAACAAAUACCAGGCAAAAUAAAGUGAUAAAUGAAGUCUCUCCACAUGUGUCAGUUUGACCAUAUCAAGACCAUGCAAAAUUAAGCUUGUGCUACAAUUUUAACAACAUUGGUAGAGGUCCACUUUAUGAUACUGCCUGUAAAAUUACUUAGCUCGGGGUCCUAAAGUCUUUGAAGAUGCUGAACGGUUUUUCAAAUUGCCUUUGGCCAAGUAUGAUUCCUCAAAGUUUGAUCAGGGAGGAGUAUUUGAAACGGACAAAAUACAAAAAGCAGCAUACAAAAAAUUCAUUCUCUGACCAUCUGUUACAUGUGCUUUAAAUGAUGUAAAAACAAUUGCAUGUACGUAAAUAUAUUUAUUCAACAGGUUGACAACGCCAACUAUCGAGGAAAUGUCCAAAAGAGUACUACAAGGGACAUUAUUUUAUUGAUUAAAUCCGUAUUUUAAUGCGCACAACACUUUAAAAAUCCUGUACUCUAAUCUGCACAAAUUGACGCCGCCAACAACCACCGUUAACACCGUGAAAUUAUGAUACAAAAAAUGUAGAUGGAUAGAUUUUUGUUUUAUUCGAGAUAUCCCUAUGCUUAAGUUUGCGAAACAGAUAUUUAAUCUCAGUCGUGCACUAUAUCAAAUGGCGGAUAACUUCCGCAUUUAGAAAUAAAAACGAAAGUAGCAAGUAUUGAAAGCACAAAACAGAUCAUAGUUUAAAAAGGAAAUACGAAAGACAUCAAACAAUGCCUGCUGUAAAAUGCCCUUUUGACGGAUGCGACUACGUCACUGACGACCUUGAAGCAACGAUUGUUGUUGCGCUUAUUAAAGCACACACUACGGCACAUACUGUUGGUAAAGUUGUUACAACAAAGACACCAGCUGAGCCCAAAACAAGUACCGACCCAGUGACACCACCUACACCAACAGAUAAUGUACAUAGAUCUGUCGGUGAUCUAAAUAUCCCUCUGCAGAUAUGUCACAAAUAUAAUAGCAAUGGUUGUGACAGAGGUAAUGCUUGUCCAUUUUUACAUCUGUGUAAAAGUUAUAUAGAAAGCAGAUGCGAAUCUGGAAAGGAAUGCAGCAAAAGUCACAAUUUUCAACAACCUCAGGUAAAAGCCAUCAUGGAAAAACAUGGAAUAGAUGUAAAAAGGAAGACUAAAGAAAUUCUACAAGACUUGCAAGCUGCUGUUAAAGAAUUUAAAGGACAGAGUAAAGAUGAUUCGAAAACAAAACAGAAAGACCGAGCCGCUUCGCCGAAGAAAGGUUCUAUUCAGAUUUGUAACAAGUACAAUGGAGAUUGUUGUGAAAAGGGCGAUACUUGUCAAUUUCUACAUCUGUGUAAAAGUUACAUAGAAAGUCGAUGCGAAUCUGGAAAGGAAUGCAACAAAAGCCACAAUAUCCUCGAGCCUCAGGUAAAAGCCAUUAUGACAAAACAUGGAAUAGAUGUUAAUAGAAAGUUCAAAGAAAUUCUACGAGACUUGCAAACAGCUGUUAAAGAAAGUAAAGGACAGAACAAUGAUGAUUCGAAAACAAAGCCGAAAGCCAAAGUUUCUUCUGAGAAAACACCAAAGAAAUCUUUUGUUGGGAUAUGUUACAAAUACAAUGGUGGUGGCUGUGAAAUAGCAAAUUCUUGUCCAUUUUUACAUCUGUGUAAAAAUUAUAUAGAAGGUAGAUGCGAAUCUGGAAAAGAGUGCAAGAAAAGUCACAAUAUCCUCGAACCGCAGGUGAAAGUCAUCAUGGAAAAACAUGGAAUAGAUGUAAAAAGGAAACCUAAAGAAAUUUUUCCAGACUUACUAGCAUCUGUGAACGAAGGUAAAAGACAAAGAGAAAGAGAGAAUUCAAAAGCCCAGGAUUGUGUCAACAAACCGCCAAAACCAACAAUCUGCUUCAAAUACAACAACAGUGGAUGUGAAAAUUCUGAAUCGUGUCCUCGCAUACACAUGUGUAGGGAUUAUAUAUACAGUAAGUGUGAAGCAGGAAAGGGUUGCGCUAAAAGUCACAAUAUCCUUCAGCUUGCAGUGAAAAGUAAACUAGAACAACAUGGCAUGAAUACUAAACAAAAACCGGGAGAUCUUCUUGCUGAAUUAAGGGCAGCUUUAAGAUCAGAAACUGAUGAAGUAAAAACUGACGACAGGAAACAAGUCAAUGAUGCCGAUGGAAAUAAGAAGUCGGCUCCUAAAAUAUGUUACAAUUACAACGGCCGUGGAUGCGAGAAAGCGGGCUCUUGUUCAUACAUACAUAUGUGCAAGAGUUAUAUUGACGGCAAAUGUGAGGCUGGAAGGGGAUGCAACAAAAGCCAUGAUAUUCUUGAACCAGCAGUGAAAGCAAAUCUCGAAAAACAUGGCAUAAAUACGAAAAGAAAACCGAAGGACAUUUUGGCUGAUUUUCAAGCAGCAUUAAAUGGAGAAAAUCGAAAAGGCAAUAUCACUGCUGGAUGUGGAGCAAAAGAUGCCGAUGGAAAUAAGAAGUCGACUCCUAAAAUCUGUUACAGUUACAACGGCCGUGGGUGCGAGAAAGCGGGCUCUUGUUCAUACAUACAUAUGUGCAAGAGUUAUAUUGACGGCAAAUGUGAGCCUGGAAGAGAAUGCAACAAAAGCCAUAAUAUUCUUGAACCAGCAGUGAAAGCAAAUCUCGAAAAACAUGGCAUAAAUACGAAAAGAAAACCGAAGGACAUUUUGGCUGAUUUUCAAGCAGCAUUAAAUGGAGAAAAUCGAAAAGGCAAUAUUACUGCUGGAUGUGGAGCAAAAGAUGCCGAUGGGAAUAAGAAGUCGACUCCUAAAAUAUGCUACAGUUACAACGGCCGUGGGUGCGAGAAAGCGGGCUCUUGUUCAUACAUACAUAUGUGCAAGAGUUAUAUUGACGGCAAAUGUGAGGCUGGAAGGGGAUGCAACAAAAGCCAUAAUAUUCUUGAACCAGCAGUGAAAGCAAAUCUCGAAAACCAUGGCAUAAAUACGAAAAGAAAACCGAAGGACAUUUUGGCUGAUUUUAAAGCAGCAUUAAAUGAAGAAAACCGAAAAGGCAAUAUUACUGCUGGAUGUGGAGCAAAAGUUGCAACACAUAGCAGAAAACCAGCAAAGGUAUCAAGGAAAAAGGUAUGCAUAUUUAACCUGCGUGGAAUAUGCAAAUGGAAUUUCUGUCCUGAUGUUCAUUGCGACCUCCCGUACCAGUGGCGAUGGAAGCUUUUGUUUGCAAAGGAAUGGACUCCACUGUAUCAGCAUGAAAACGUUGAAACAGAGAAAGCAUUCUGUGAUCCAGUUAAUGAGGUUUACAGACUUGUAACUGAACAAGGGGUAAACAUUAACAUUGAUUUUAAAACGAUGACUGGUACAAACAUUGAGGGACAGGUAUUUGUAGUUAAUCGACUGUCUACACCAUCGUCUGUAGAAGUAGUGCGACAGCGUUGGGCAACAAACUGGCUAUGGUAUUGGAAGAAUGAAAAUGGUGAGUGGAUGAACUACAGCGAUACGGUUGUGGAAAUAGAGAAAUGUGAUAUUGAACAAGCUUUUAUUAACAACCCGGAUGGACAGUUUUCCCUUCGAGAAAAUGGAAGUAUUAUCGACUUUUCAAAAAUGAUGCAAGUAAAUGAUAACCCGACACCUGAAAUUGAAGUUUGUCGAAGACCUGUAUUUGUUAGUGAGAAUGAGACAGAGGAGAGGAAAACGAAACAAACGCAAAAGGAGGGAACAAAACGAGGCGGCCAAGUACCUAACCAGCCUACAUCAGAACGUAUAUCUAGCACUACUGAAUUAUCAGCAUCACCGAAGUGGAACAUGCUUCCUGAAGAGGAUCUCUCGAACCAUCGUCAGCUAGUUCCGUUGAAAGAAUCUGAUUCGGAGUACACAGAAAUAAAAGGAUUUUUUCUUGAAAGUCUAGGAAGUCCAAUAACAGUUCGUAUCAAAUCUAUUGAACGAAUUGAGAAUGGCGAUUUAUGGGAGGAUUUUGUUGGUAAGCGAACAAAGAUGUUAAAGAAGAAAACAGAGGAGGAGGUUGGUGAAAGACGAUUGUUUCAUGGUACCAGAAAUCAAUACAUUGAUCCAAUCUGGAGUCAAGGGUUUGAUUUUAGACUGAGUGGCCAGACAUCAGGUACAGCAUAUGGAAAAGGAAGCUACUUUGCCACAACAUCCAAAUAUUCCAAUUAUUACGCAGAACAAACUUCGGACAGGGCAAUGUUUGUUGUAAAAAUUUUACCGGGGGCAUACGUCCGCGGAUGCAGCGAAUAUAAACGUCCGCCUCAUAAAGACAAAGGCAACCCAUGCAGUGAGCUUUAUGAUUCUUGCGUUGAUAAUGAAACCAACCCGCAAAUAUUCAUCAUAUUCGAUAACAAUCAAACAUACCCCGAGUAUUUGAUUAGGUAUGAAUACCAGAACUUGUAAACAUGAACAUUGGAGAAGCAAGCCUUGUGUUUACAUACAGACACAAAUAUACUUACAUAAAUAAACUUUAAUACCACCUAACCACAAAUUUUAAAGGUUUUAAAAUGUAUUUAACUUUUCUUUCCUUUUUAUGAAAAAGAAAAAUAUAAGUGUUUCAGAACAAUCUACUAUCAAAAUGGACAUGUUUAAGCAUAUACAAAUAAUGAAAAUUAAUAAUAUAAAAAUAUAUGAUUAUGGUAACAGAUCAAACAUCUUUAAAAACGUAAUACAAAUUAAAAACAUUUUUGAAAUGUCGUGAUUCCAUGUACAUUAUUUGUCCAAUCUUGCUAUAAUAAAUGUUCUUAUUUAUUCCAUAUUGUGGUAGAAAUUUACACUUAUACUAUUUUUAGUAAUAACAAAAUAUGUAUAGUCAACAUAUUAAUUUAUACCCUAGACAUCAGAACGAAUAAAGUAAGUUAGAAAAGACAGAAAAAUAACCGGCACAGGAAAAAACUGUUUUGUAAACCGAUAAUUUGUAAAUAAUCUUAAGAAACGUUGUUUAAAUAUAAUCCGUGGCAGUAAAUUUAAGUAUUAAGAAAUAAUUUUCUCAGUUAUUGUAUUUAAAACGGAGUCCACUGAGGUAUUUUGACAUAACGUGAAAUAAAUUUCAGACAUUUGAUGUAGGUCAAGACCAAAAUUUCAGAUCAUUUGCUCAGUCUGUUUUCCAGAACAGUUGUGAAAAAUGACCCAAAAUUUUAAAGUUUAUUUUUUCCCCACUCAAAUCGGGCUGAGAAUAAGACUAACCGUAUGACUUUCGAUUUAUUUCCGAGUAUAUGUCUUAAUCAUCCUUUAUUUUUUUAUGUUUUAAGUGCCUCUGGCGAUCUAUGUUUUAUGAUUUUAGGUUUUAAGACCUCAGAGGAGUUACUUUAAUGUUUUCGUCGCACAGUAU